AUGGCGCCGAAAAAGACUCCUCAACAACAACGUGCUGAGCACAUCCAUGAUCUCCGCGAGGUCAUGUCCGAAUUUCAAGAAGAGCUCCGUCAAUCCCUGACCAGUUCUCUUGAAACUGCUCUUCGAGCAGCGAUCGGAGCUCAACCACGACCGGUACGUCGUAACGCUCCGGCGGUUGAUGAAGAUUCUGAAGACGAAGAUGGAAACCCGUUUGCCGUGGAUGCUCAACGACGUCAGCAACAACAAGAUGCGUUUGGUGAUGCCCCUCGAGGGGACAAUCAUCGUUGGGAGUCAGGUUUUCGACUUGAUCUUCCUGAAUUUUCUGGGGGUUUACAAGCGGAUGAAUUUCUCGACUGGGUAAACACUACCAAGGAGCUUUUGACUUUUAAGAGUGUUCCCGAUGACAUGCGUGUCUCACUAGUUGCGACGCGUUUCAAGGGCAGAGCUUCAGCUUGGUGGCAACAACUCAAGGUCCAACGUGCUAAUUCAGGGAAGAAUCGCAUUAACUCAUGGGAAAAACUCAAGAAGCACAUGCGACGAACUUUCCUUCCAUACAACUAUGAACGUACGAUCUACACUCAGUUUCAGAAUCUCCGCCAAGGUAUCAAGAGUGUGGAUGACUACGCCUCUGAAUUUUUUUCACUUUUGGCGCGCAACAACUUGAAUGAAACAGCGUACCAAUCGGUUUCACGAUUCAUUGGAGGUCUGAAGCAGCAAAUUCAGAACCAGCUUCUGCAAUUUAAUCCCACCUCUGUCUCCGAAGCUCAUCAACGGGCUGUGCUUAUCGAGCAGAAUUUGCGAGGCCCCUCCUCCACUUGGGGCUCUUCUUCUUCCCGCCUACGCAUGCCUGCCUCGACUGAUUUCCCAAGCUCUUCUCGACCAGAUCAGACUCCUUUACCUCCCUCAACUGACAGUGUUAAUCCCAGCACUACUCAACGACCUAUUCGCUCUAUGACAUUCAAAUGUUUUAAUUGUGGUGAAACAGGACAUCGACAAGCUUCAUGCCCCAAACGCAUACUCUUUGGUGCCGAUGAGGUUGUCUAUGAUGAAGAGAUUGUCUCCGAACCACAAACCGAAACUGAAGAACGCGUGUCUGGAGAUACUGGUACGGUCUUGGUUCUCCGACGUAGCUGCCUUAUGCCACAAGCUAUCGAAGAAUCAUGGUUACGCACAAAUCUUUUCCGCACUACUUGUACGAUUCGGGGAAAAGUUUGUCGUCUCCUCGUGGAUUCAGGUAGCUGCACCAACAUCAUCUCCGAAGAAGCUGCUCACAAAUUGGCUCUCUUCACUGAACCUCACCCUCGACCGUAUCCUCUCGCAUGGUUAAAUGCAACAACGGAGCUGCGUGUGUCUCGACGAUGUCACGUACCUUUCUCCAUCGGACAUAAGUACAAGGAUUUGGUUUAUUGUGAUGUCAUUCCCAUGGACGCGGGCCACAUUCUCUUAGGGCGACCUUGGCAAUAUGAUCGACGAACGAUUCAUGAUGGGUUUGCUAACACUUAUACGUUCAGUUUUGAAGAUAAGCGCAUCACUCUUCUUCCUUCACAAGAGUCAUCCGCUCCAACCACAGAACCACAGAUAACCGUUCAGCCUGAGAGCAAGCCUCCUCCGCACUCUGUUCUGCUAGUUAAUCGAGUUGACUUCCUUGGCGAGCUUGAAGAAUCUCAGACUGGUUUGGCCCUUAUUCUCAAACCAACGACUCCGGCGUCCUCACUUGCGAUCCCUCCAGCAUUUCAGGACAUUGUUACCGAGUUUCAAGACGUCUUUCCUACGGAGCUUCCUCCUGGACUCCCUCCCCUCCGAGACAUCCAGCAUUGUAUUGAUCUAGCUACUAAUGCGACACUUCCAAACAGACCGCAUUACCGUAUGUCGCCACAAGAACACGAUGAGUUACGCCGACAAGUAGAGGAACUUUUAUCUAAAGGUUACUUGCGUGAAAGCCUUAGUCCUUGUGCAGUCCCGGCGCUCCUCAUUCCCAAGAAAGAUGGCUCGUGGCGUAUGUGUGUUGAUAGUCGAGCUAUCAACAAGAUUACCGUGAGAUAUCGCUUUCCCAUCCCACGACUAGAUGACCUCCUUGAUCAAAUUGGAUCAGCCACAAUUUUUACUAAAUUAGAUCUCAAGAGUGGCUACCAUCAAAUCCGUAUCCGCCCGGGAGAUGAAUGGAAAACGACUUUCAAGACUCGUGAAGGUUUGUUUGAAUGGCUUGUUAUGCCCUUUGGCUUGUCUAAUGCACCGAGUACUUUUAUGCGUGUGAUGAAUCAAGCUCUUCGCCCUUUUAUUGGACGUUUUGUGGUCGUGUAUUUUGACGACAUACUCAUCUUCAGCUCCUCUAUGUCUGAUCACCUUCAACAUCUUCGUGAUGUUUUACUUGUCUUGCGACGUGAUAAACUUUUUGGUGCAAUACAGAAGUGUGCUUUUGGAGAAUCACAGGUUUUGUUCUUGGGUUACAUUGUUUCCCAACACGGUCUUUCUGUUGAUCCGGCUAAAGUGGAAGCCAUUCGUUCUUGGCCAACUCCACGUACGGUGACUGAAGUACGGAGCUUUCACGGCCUUGCAUCAUUUUACCGCCGCUUCAUUCAUCAUUUUAGCAGCAUCAUGGCACCUCUCACCGAUUGUAUUAAGACCUCUCACUUCACGUGGACUCCGGCAGCUGAAGAAGCCUUUCAAACCAUCAAGACUAAGCUCACAACGGCUCCCAUUUUGAUUCUUCCGAGUUUCACCACUGCUUUUGAGUUACAUUGCGACGCAUCAAAAUCUGGCAUUGGAGCUGUCCUGAGCCAAGAAGGUAAACCCGUGGCCUUUUUUAGCGAGAAAGUGGCAGGCUCGCGGCUUCGUUAUAGUACGUAUGAUGUGGAGUUAUAUGCGGUGGUUCAAGCUGUCAAACAUUGGAGGCAUUAUUUGUUUCAUCGUGAGUUUGUGCUCUAUACUGAUCAUGAUGCACUUAAGCACAUGGACUCUCAAGAUAAGAUCUCUUCUCGACAUGCAUCUUGGUUUGCUUAUUUGCAGCAAUUUACCUUUGUUAUCAAACACAAGGCGGGUGUUCUUAAUAGAGUUGCCGAUGCGUUAAGCCGUCGUCACACUCUCCUCACAACGAUGCAUACCUCGACCGUGGGUUUUUCAGUCUUACCAGACCUCUACCCUACAGAUUCUUUUUUUGGUAAGAUUUGGAGAGAUGUUCAAAGUGGCCAAGAAGAUCGUUAUCUUAUUGUGGAUGGAUUUUUGUUCCGAGGAGUUCAGCUAUGCAUUCCCGAGUGUAGUUUGCGGUUACAAGUGAUUCACGAGCUCCAUAAUGAAGGUCAUAUAGGCCGGGACAGAACGUUACAAUUAGUAACAGCCUCGUUCUUUUGGCCCUCGCUUCGACGUGAUGUGGAAAGAUUUAUUGUUCGCUGUGGAAUCUGUCAAGCUUCUAAAGGUCAUGCCUCCAACGCUGGUUUGUAUUUACCUCUACCAAUCCCUUCUCAACCUUGGACAGACAUUAGUAUGGACUUUGUCUUGGGUCUUCCGAGAACUCAACGUGGCCACGAUUCCAUCUUUGUGGUGGUUGAUAGAUUCUCUAAGAUGGUCCAUUUUAUCCCAUGCAGAAAGACAACAGAUGCAGUUCAAGUCGCUAUGUUAUUCUUUCGAGAGAUUUACAAGCUUCACGGCCUCCCUCUCUCGAUUGUUUCGGACCGUGACUCCCGCUUUUUGAGCCACUUCUGGCGUUCAUUAUGGCGUUUGUUGCGUACUAGCUUGGACAUGAGCUCCGCCUAUCACCCCCAAACGGAAGUGACCAAUCGGGCUCUUGGUGAUCUCUUGCGUUGUUUGGUAGGAGAUAACAUCCGCUCUUGGGAUUCUGUUUUGUGUCAAGCCGAAUUUGCUCAUAACCAUGCUGUCAAUCGUAGCACUGGGUUUAGUCCAUUUCGUGUGAUCUAUGGUUAUGUUCCUUGUGGUCCUAUCGACUUGAACAUUGCUCCGGAUAGAACUCGUUCUCACGCUCGUGCUUGUGACUUGAUCGAUGAUUUUGCUGCUGUGCAUAAACAGGUUCAAACUAAUAUUGAGGCUUCUACCGCCAAGUACAAAGCUGCAGUUGAUGUUCGCCGUCGUGAUUUACAGUUCCAGGUCGGUGACAAAGUAUGGGCCGUCCUCACUAAGGACCGUUUCCCGCCUAAUACUUACAACAAGUUGAAAGCAAGAAAGAUUGGUCCUCUUGAAGUCCUUCAGAAGAUUAACAACAAUGCCUAUCGCCUGCGUAUUCCUCCUCACAUGAACACCGCUGACGUUUUCAAUGUGAAGCAUUUGGUCCCUUAUGUUGCUGCCGACGAUGAUGAAAAUUCGGGGUCGAAUUUUCUUUUACCCGGGGCGACCUGA